AUGAUGCUGAAGCUCCUGCUCCUCGCUGCCCUCGCCCUCUGCGGGCGCUGCUCCGAGCCGGCUAUCAAUGGGAUGGAACGGGUGGUCGGUGGGACCGAGGCGACCUCGCACUCCUGGCCCUCCCAGAUCUCUCUCCAGUAUUACGCCAAGGGUGGCUGGCACCACACAUGUGGAGGGUCCCUCAUCCGUAGAAACUGGGUGCUGACGGCUGCCCACUGCGUGGAUGGUGACCUGACCCUGCGUGUGGUGGCCGGAGCUCACAACCUCAAUGUGGCCAAUGGCUACGAGCAGAUCUUCAGUGUGAGCAGGAUCGUGAUCCAUCCCUCCUGGAAUGGCGACGCUGCCAGAGGCUAUGACAUCGCCCUGAUCCGCCUGUCCAGCUCUGCCAACCUCAAUGCCUACGUGAAGCUGGCAGUGCUGCCCCAGGAGGGUGCCAUCCUGAGCAACAACUACCCCUGCUACAUCACCGGCUGGGGGCUCACCCGCACCAAUGGGCAGCUCUCCAGUGUCCUGCUGCAGGCACCACUGCCCGUGGUGAGCUACCAGAUCUGCUCUGGUGCACUCUACUGGGGCUCCACUGUCAAGAACACCAUGGUGUGUGCCGGCGGUGACGGCGUCCGCUCCGGCUGCCAGGGUGAUUCCGGAGGCCCCCUCCACUGUGCAGUGAAUGGGCAGUACCAGGUCCAUGGUGUCACCAGCUUCGUCUCCGGCUUGGGCUGCAAUGUCCAGCGCAAACCCACCGUGUUCACCCGCAUCUCUGCCUACAUCUCCUGGAUCUCCAGUGUAAGGAGCACCCUUGGGUGCUGA